AUGGGGACACCCAUGGAGAUCAAUAAGUUCUGCCACCAUUGUCAGGUCAAGGGUAAGGCACCCCAGCGCUUCAAGUUCAGCCUUAAGGAUCCCGACAUGGACUUUAACUACGAAGUGAUCACCGACAUCAUGUACCUGGACGGGAAACCGGUUCUCCACCAAUGCUGGAUCGACAUAUACCUGGGACCACCGGACGUCCUCAGCCACGAUGCGGGCACCAAUUUCGACAGCGUUAAAUUCCGCAAUAAGGCUCGCCUCGCAGGAAUUAUCUGCAACCAGGUACCCGUCGAGGCACAUUGGUCAAUCGGCAAGAUCAUCUCCGAAGAAGUACAGGGGUUGAAGGAGGCUCGCCUGCAAAUGGCAGUCAAGGCCGUAAACGAUACGGCAAACCCGGACGGUCUCGUCCCCACUCUGUUGGCGGUACAGAAGGCUAUGAUCGAAGUCAAAAAGGUCAAGGCGCAAAGAACCAUCCGCGACGCCAUAAACACGAGAAACGAACCAAACACCCUGAAAACGCUACCCAUGUCACUACCCAUCGGCAGCAGCGUACUGGUCUACCGUGAAAAAGGCGGAUGGGAAGGACCACACAAGGUCAUCGCCGUCACGGACAAAGACGUAACCAUCGCAUCAAGCGCGUUAGGAGGCACCUCGACUUUCCGGAGUACACACGUCAAGCCAUAUGAGCAGCCAAAAGGAAGUCUUGAAGUUCACUUACCGCCACCGCCACCCCAGUUCGACCCCAAUGAGUACAAGGUCAUACCCGACGAGGAUCUGGAUAUAUUCGUUAUGAGCACAGCAUAUGUUAGCACAAAGGAAAAGAACGACCACGCCCUCGCCUUGAAACUACGAUCGGACGGAAAGAUAGUCGCGCCAGGAAGGCCGUACGAGGCCUCCGACAUGAAGGAACUCGAUGCCCUCUUUGCGGACGGCAUCCUGCAACCCGAGAUGUACGACGAGGCACUCCACCGAGGCGCAACCAUAUUCAAGUCCCGUAUGGUCCGCGAAGUCAAGGGGAAGAACACGCCAGCACCAUAUGAGAAAUCACGACUCGUGCAAGGCAUGAAGGUGAUGAUCCGAGAUAUCACCAUGGCGUAUACACAGUCCAAGACCCCCAUGCAAAGGACAAUAUACGUACGCCUACCCUCAGAAUUAAAAAGUAAAUACCCUGAGGGAACGCUGUUGCGAGUGGUCAAACCUCUGCAUCAUCAGAAGGAAUUAGGCAUGACCCCGUCAGCAUUUGACCCGUGCCUGUUGAUUGCAGAGCCAAAUCGACCAUUCGGAAUCACAGGUCUACAGACAGAUGACACACUGAAUAUCGGCACAACGGAGUUUCUGGCCGAAGAGGACAAGGCUCUUGCAAGGGCAGGCAUCAAGGCGAAACCUCAGAAGGUUCUGGAACCAGGCGCAGUCGAAGACUUCAACGGAUCACGGAUCGUGGUCCAUGAAAGGACGAUCUCUGCUAUCCAGAAGGGACAAGCGGAGAGGCUGGAAGAACUGGACCUGAAGGCACCCGACAUGAUUAAGAGAUUCACAGAACAACGUGCAAGAGGUGCCUACAUUGCGUCCAUUUGCCAGCCCGAAGCAGCCUUCGACUACUCCACGGCAGCGCAGCAUACGAAACCUGGGCCAAAGGAAGCCAAAGCCCUCAACGCGAGGAUCAAAUGGCAGGUAGACCACAAGGAUCGAGGCCUCAGGUAUGUGGAGUUGGACCCCCAAGACCUGCGCCUGUACGUCUUCGUGGACGGCUCAUUCGCCAACAACAAGGACAUGAGCUCCCAGAUCGGCUACAUCGUGGUACUCGGCAACGAGAGACCCACAGACCAUGACAACGAAGUACGACUCACCGGCAACAUCAUCCAUUGGUCAUCUACCAAGUGCAAGCGUGUCACGCGCAGCGUACUCGCCAGUGAGAUCUACGGAAUGGUGCAGGGCUUCGAUGUGGGCUACGUUAUCCACAAUACCAUCAACACCAUCCUGAGCCGACUGAGCCUCCCGAUGAUCCCUCUCGUCUUGUGCACGGACUCUUUCUCGCUGUACCAAUGCCUCGUCCAGAUGGGCAGUACCAACGAGAAGAGAUUGAUGAUCGAUCUUAUGGCCCUGAGGCAGUCCUGCAAUCCGGCGGAUGCGAUGACAAAGGCGUCCCCAAAUGAGGCUAUGAGGACACUAGUAGAGGACAACCAGAUUGAUCUACGCUUGGAAGGGUGGGUGAAACGCGGGGAAAUUGGGAGCGAUAUUGAGCCAGCGCAGUAG